GUGACGAUGAAUACUAAUUCACAACCUCCGUUCCGGCUGAUGUCCGCCUCGUUGAAGCUGUGCAAGUGGCUUGGACUUUGGCACGACGCCAACCUGGACAAGCCCUGUUGGCAAACUGUGUUCCUAAUUCUCUGUCUGUUGUUCUGGUACAUACUACCGGGGUACAUGUACAUCGUACGAGGGGAAAAAAUGCUGCAGGAUCUUCUCAAGCCGAUACUCGAAGUGUUCUCCAUGUCUGUAAUUGUGCUUCGGUGCCUCAUCCAUAUGAUUAAUCGCCAGAGUGUUCAAGAGUGUUUCGCUGAUCUUCAAAACGCAAUAUCCAAAUUCAAAAACAGCCCCUAUGAAGACGUCCAGAAAAUUUUGCGGCAUCUACUCAAAUCAGCCGACUACAUCGUCAAGUUCUACGUAUCCAUCGUAUUUGUUCAAGCUGGUUUGUACGGAUUUCUUUCUGCUGCUUUAACCACUUUUAAGUAUUGUACGUCCAAUGAGAUAAUCCAAUUACCAUCCGCGGUAAUGGAUGCAGAUUAUGUACUGUUCGGCCAUACCGUGAACUAUUGGAUAUGGCUGCCGGUAACAAUCGUGUCACUAAUUAUUGAAUACCUGAUGCUGGGAUCAAUUUCAGCUCAAGAAUGUCUCUUUUGGAAUCUUCUGCAUCACAUAUCCAGUCUUUUCAAAAUAGUCCACCUGGAAAUAGCCCGACUGGAUCAAUACAAAGAUCCAAAGCAGUUCAAAGAACGGCUGGCAUUCAUUGUUUCCAUACAUGAGGUUUGCUUCCGAUCUGCUCGUUGCAUGGAAAAAGUUUUAAGUCCGCUGCUUGCUCUAUGGUAUUGCGCUUGCAUAGCACAAACGUGUUAUCUGCUGUUCUUCAUCAGUAUGGUCAAUGAUGUGGUAGUAGUUGCGUCGAUGAUAUUUGUACUGCAGUAUGUUGUAUUUUUAAUCUUUUCAUUUUCGAUGCUGGGAGCUGAACUCAUGGAAGAGAGCGCUCGGGUGUCCGUUGCUAUCUAUAAAACGCAAUGGUACAACCGAAUGGCUGCCGAAAGGCGUUUGCUACUGUUCAUGAAAAUGAGAGCGGACCGUCCGGUGGGUAUCACUGCCGUCAAAUUCUUCUAUGUUAACAGAUCCACUUUUGCGGAAGCUAUGAAAUCCGCAUUUUCAUUUUUCACGAUAAUGCAGCAAUUCUAUGGAGAUAAGUGAAUUGUUUCAGUUCUACGAUGACGAUGAAGCAGUUAUGUGAAAGUAAAGGAACAAUAAACCCAGUUGAUGAAAUAGUGAUGAAUUACCUCUUUCAAGCGAUGCAAACCACCGAAAGAAGUUUAGCUUUGUCCAGGCUAGAGAUCCUGAGUAAUUACUAGGUCUGUAGUUCAACCCCAGGUGAAUUCUGCACAAAACAAGCAAUGAUUCUAUGUAAACUUUAAACAAAGUGCGCAGAAAUAUAGCUUCACCGAU